AGAGCUACAGUUUUGCCCUUUUUUCCUUUCUCUUUCCGUCUCUCAUUCGACUCCUGUCUUGAUUCAAGUCAGGACUCUGCGCGGUUUUAUUUGCAUUGUCCAAUUCUUGACAGGACUGUCCUGCGGCAUCACUGAACAUGGGCGACAUCCAGGAACCUGCUGGUGGCCCCGUCCUUAACAGCAAAUGGAACACUGAAGUCAAAUCCUCCUUGCCACCCAAAUUUGUUCAACAGUCUUCCAGCCUGCCCUUCGGCCAGCCUAUCGACUUCACUUCAAUCAGCGGGCCUACCUACACCACUGCGCAGACUUUAAUCCAACAAGUUGCGUAUGCCCUGUCCGACAAAAUCUUUUCGUACUCUCCCGAGUCCUUCGAUCUCGAUGUUGCUGUGAAGCACUGGUCGGCCGCAAACACCAAGAAUGCCAAUGGCUAUGCUACUCAUAUUACCCCUAUGCAGACGCGCUCUGGCGCCGGUUCAAUUGCGCUAGGGUACAUGUUUUCGAAGGAUUUUGACCUCAGCAAGAGACACAUUCCUCAAUCACUUCUGGCCUCGUCUUCGGCUCUGAACAAUCUCCGGUCGUCUCUUGAUCAACUCUCACUUUUAUACUCCGUGGCCAAUCCAUUCGUUGCACAUGUUGCCGCGGUCGAUUACGCGCCCGGGUUGUCUGGGGGUCUCGUAACGGAUUAUGCUACGGCAUUGGGUCUCACUGAGGAAUUGGGCCUUGGCCUUGUUUCUAGCUCGUCCGCGUAUGAGGCUCAGCACAUGGCACUGUUCUCUACCAUCUUGGCCACUGUUCUCCCAACAAUCCACAUCUACGAUGGCAUGAAUGUUGGAAGGGAUACCCUCCGCGUUAUUGACGUCUUGAACCAGUCAGGAUUGAAGAAUGCAUACGCAAACGUCCUCAAGGAGUUGUCCGAGGUCUCCAAGAGAGCUGAUGCCGAACAAAGGGUCACAAAGCUGCUUGACUCCUUCAACAAUGAGCUCGGCACAGCUUAUGGGCUCUUCGAGUACCAUGGACACCGCGAUGCGGAGAUAGUCUUGGUAGUAUUCGGUAGCGUCGAGAGUUCACUCGCAACUCAGGUCUCCGAAAAGCUGUCAAGAGAAGGGGCUAAGGUUGGCGUGGUAAAUGUCCGAGUCUACCGACCUUUCGUUGAGGAAGCCUUCUUGAAGGUUAUUCCUUCUUCCGCAAGAACAAUCGCUGUUCUUGGACAGAUCUUGGAACAGACUGUUGUGGCCGGCUCAUCUACCCACUCUAGUCUCUAUGACGAUGUCUUAGCUGCUACGGUUUUCUCAGACAAGUUUUCUGCAGCACCAUCCGUUAUUGAUCUCAAGUACUCUCGUGCAGAGACAUUUACACCAUCAUCAAUUGCCGCUAUCUUCCACCAGCUAACAGGCAAGCCGGUAAAUGCUGCUGACCGUGUAGGUUUGCUGGAUGCUACUCCAGUGGAGCAGUAUACAUUUUGGGAUCUUGAGGACUCUCCUGCUGUCAAUGCGCCAUCGGCGAUUGGCAAGUUCCUCUCCAGCGAUUCUGCUAGCAAUGUUAUUUUGAGCCAGACUCAUGACAACUUUGUUCAAGGAGGAACUGUGAGGACCGAUAUUCGCAGUUCCAAGAAGUCAAUCGAAGCUUCUUACCCAGUCGAGGAGGCUGAUGUGGCUUUUGUUGGCGAGGAGAAUCUUUUGAAGGAGAUUGGAAUCCUCAAGAAUCUCAAAAACGGUGGGAAGCUCAUCGUGAAACUCCCAGGAGUUAAGAAUGAGGACCUAGAAAAGAAGCUGCCGGUCUUCGUCAGAAACGAGAUCAAGUCCAAGAAGAUUGAACUAUUCGUUCUAGACCCGACACUUUCUGCCAGUGUUGAGAAGGACCCUGCCUCUGAGACUCUCCUUACGGAAGUGGCUUUCCUUAAGAUCGCCCAGCCAGCCUUGCUCGAAGCCGGGUUACAAAAGCUCGCUUCCAUCAAUGGUACCGCGGACCUCCUGUCCGAGGCUGCCGCAGACUUGGAGAAAGCACUCCGUCAAAUCGAAAUCCCAGAAUCCUGGUCUGUGCUCGAGGCUGAUGCCGAGGUUCCUGAUCUCCCACGAACCAUCAAAUCGAGCAGCUUCACUGGCUUUGAGAAGGAAGAAACCGAGGCUCCCGCCUUACUUCGCGAUUGGCAAUCUGCUGCGAAGGGUCUCGCUUUCAAGGAGGCCUAUGGUACCCGGGCUGCUCUAAGACCAGAUCUUACUGCCAAGACUUAUGAGAUCACUGUCCAGGAGAACCGUCGUCUGACACCAUUGACCUAUGAUCGUAACAUCUUCCACAUCGAGUUUGAUCUCGGUGACUCUGGGCUCACAUACAACAUCGGAGAAGCGCUCGGCAUCCAUGCCGAAAAUGACGUCGAGGAAGUCAAAGAGUUCAUCUCAUUCUAUGGUCUCAACCCCGAUGACAUCGUCGAGGUUCCUUCCAGAGAGGACCCUACUGUGCUGGAAACUAGAACUGUUUUCCAGUCUUUGGUUCAGAACAUCGAUAUUUUCGGUAAACCUCCCAAGAGGUUCUACGAGGCAUUGGCCGAGUUUGCAACAGAUGAGAAUGAGAAGAAGGAACUGCUCACUCUCGGCGGACCAGAAGGGGCUACCGAGUUCAAGCGCCGUUCUGAGGUCGACACCGUCACAUAUGCUGACAUCCUCCUCGAAUUCAAGUCUGCUCACCCAAGCUUCCAUGACAUUGCUCGCAUUGUCAGUCCUAUGAAGCGACGUGAAUAUUCCAUCGCAUCCAGUCAAAUGGUCAACCCUAAGACUGUCGCUCUCAUGAUCGUCGUCGUUUCAUGGGUCGACCCCAAGGGCCGCGACCGCUUCGGACAGGCUACCAAGUACCUCAGCAGACUCCCAGUUGGUGCCAAGGUGACGGCCAGCGUCAAGCCAUCCGUGAUGAAGCUCCCAGCCAAGGAUACCGCACCACUCAUCAUGGCCGGUCUCGGUACGGGACUUGCUCCUUUCCGCGCCUUCGUCCAGUACCGUGCUAUGCAGAAGGCUCAAGGAAAGGAGAUCGGCUCCAUCCUCUUGUACAUGGGAUCCCGUCACCAGCGCGAGGAGUACCUGUACGGUGAGGAGUGGGAGGCUUACCAAGACGCCGGCGUGAUCACCCUGCUUGGCCGUGCUUUCUCCCGAGACCAGCCGCAGAAGAUCUACAUCCAGGACAGGAUGCGCCAGACAGUCAACGACAUCAUCAAGGCCUACAUCAAGGAGGAGGGUUCCUUCUACCUGUGUGGUCCUACAUGGCCCGUACCAGACGUGACCGAAGUGCUGCAGGAAGCCAUUGCUCUGGACGCAAAGCAGACGGGCAAGAAGGUUGACCCGAGAAAGGAGAUUGAGAGAUUGAAGGAGGAACUCAGAUAUGUCCUCGAGGUUUACUAA